AUGUCCGGUCUCCAUGAAGUACAAACUGGCUCUGGCAGGCUGGCUGGGAAAGUCGCACUAGUCACAGGCGCCGCAUCAGGCUUCGGGCUCGCCAUAACCCGCAAAUUCGUGGCCGAGGGCGCCAAAGUCGUCGCCUCCGACAUCAACAGCGAUGCCCUCGCCAAAGUCUACGACGCCAACUCCGCGUCCGCAGCACACAUCGCCGCCGUGACCGCGAACGUGACGUCUGCGAACGACUGGGCCAAGCUCGUCGACACGGCGGUGACUAAGUUUGGCGGGGUCGACAUCCUCGUCAACAACGCGGGCACGAGCUACAAGAACAAGCCGACGCUGGAGGUGACCGAGGACGAGUAUGACCGGGUGUUUGCGGUGAAUGUUAAGAGCAUUUAUCUGAGUGUUCCCGCCGUUGUGCCCGCGCUGAAGAAGAGAGGCGGUGGGAGUAUCAUCAAUAUUGCGAGUAUCGGCGCCAUGAGACCGCGGCCGGGGCUGGUGUGGUAUAAUGCCAGCAAAGGCGCCGUUGCGAAUGCAAGCAAAGGCCUGGCCGCCGAGUUCGGGAAGGAUCAGAUCCGCGUGAACGCACUGUGCCCCCUGCUGUCGGGGACGGGCCUCUUCGAACAGUUCGUCGGCGUGCCGUACAACGACGAGAACAUGAAGAAGUUCCUGUUCAAUGUGCCGCUGGGCAGGCUGACGGACCCGGAGGACAUCGCGAAUGUGUGUGCUUUUUUGGGCAGUGAUGAGGGCCGCUUCGUCACAGGGGUUAAUCUGGAGGUCGAUGGGGGAAGAGCGGUUGGUGCAUAG